AUGUCAGCUAGCUCCGACGUGAUGCCCACGGAUGGUGGUCAUUCACAGCAAACCGCUCCGCCGCAGCAAUUGAAUCGUUCCUGCGAAUCAUGCAGAGGCCUCAAAGUGCGUUGUAUACCUGACCCAACCACAGCGAACCAAUGCCAGCGAUGCACAAAGACCGGAAGGGUCUGUAUCUUUGUCGCACCCCAAAGGCGGCGGCCACGAAAGCGAACUGAUUCCAGAGUUGCUCAAUUGGAGAGGGAAAUGCGGCAGAUGCGUUCACUAUUGAAAGACCGUCUACAUGCAGACGACAGCAGUGGAGAAAGCGUGGAUAGCGACCACGACGAAUCGCCGGAACAUGAUUCGGGCGUCGAAUCCAAAGAUCACCUAUCUUCAAUCCCUGAGGCACCCAGCAGUGUCUCAACAUCAACCAGGCAUACAGACCAGUCGUAUGGUGGUGUCCCACUGUCGUCAUAUCCCACUGUUGUCGAGAGCAGCUCGGUCUCCAUUCCCUCCUUCACCCCUGGGUUCAGCGAUAACUCCCCUGAAAUGCCAAUAGGAGAUGACGUUAUCGACCGGGGCGUGAUUCCCUUGGAAUACGCCAAUGAGCUGGUGGCAUUCUUCAUCAGAGAUUUGAUGGCCUUCGCUCCCGUUGUCGUGCUGCCUCCCGAGACUACUGCCUCGCACCUGCGUCAUUCUAAGCCUGUACUCUUUCUUUCCAUCAUUGCCGCUGCCGCUAUCGCCGUAGAUGCGACCGUCGCAGCCGUUCUUAAUCGAGAGCUCGUUCGGCUCUAUGCUGAACGAUUCUUCAUUCAGGGCGAGAAAUCCUUAGAAUUAGUCCAGGCAUUGGUGCUCAUGACGGUCUUCUACUAUCCGCCCGACUCUCCAAUGAAAUUGCAGCACUUUCAGUACACGCACAUUGCAGCUACCAUGGCUUUGGAAAUUGGUUUGGCCUCUAAGCGUAGAGUAUCUCCAAAAGCAGGCGGGAAGAAAGACAAGCGGAAUGCGUAUGACGAACAGAUGGCAGAACAAGCCAGAGCGAUAUUGGAGUGUUACCAUCUGGCUUCUACGUAA